AUGCAACCCGCAAAGCGAAGAAAAACCCUAAUCUUAUUCUCUCCCCCUCCCCCUGAGGAUAAAACUGAAACCCUAAUUCCGUCGUCUUUUCCGCCACUCGAAGAAUUACCUUCGAACGUAAUCGACGAAAUUCUCUUCAAACUCCCCCAGAAAUCGCUCGCUCGAUUGAAAUGCACUUGCAGAACCCUAAGAUCUCACAUCUCGAACCCAGAUUUCGAAUCCGAAUACUUCUCCCGGGUCGGACCCGGGUUGAUCCAUGUCUCUAGCUUUGCCUCCAAUUACCUAUGUUUCAACCCUUUCGUCUUCUCCCAAGUUUCCAAACCCAAUUCCGAGUCUGAUUCUGAUGAAGACGAUUACGCUGGCUGUGAUAGAUUCAGUGUUCAUCUUCCAAUGCAUUGUCAGAUUCUUGCCUCCCAUGGCGGUCUUGUACUUAUGUUCAUGAAACAACUCUGCAUCUUCAACCCAAUCACCAGACAGUUUCGUUUUCUGACUCACGAAUCGUCUCAGGCUAUGAGACGAUGCGUGGUCCGCGAACCCGAGAAGCGAGUAGUUCACGCCGAGAGGUCGGCGAGGAUCGGAUUAGUCGUCGAGCAGAUCGAUCGGAUGACCCAGAUGUUUAAAAUCGUGUGUGUCGACGAAUUGCGAGCUGCCAACCCUGAUGAAUCUAGGUUUGGAUUUGAUAUCUAUAAGUUGAAUUCAUGGAAAAAAUCCAAGGCGACGGUUUCUUGUCCAAGAAGCAACAUUUCUAGACACACCAAACCGGUUUACUUCAAUGGGGCACUCCACUGGCUGAGAAACAACGGUAGCAUCAUCGCUUUUGACCCCGAAACUGAGGAGGCAAAACUGAUUCCGACCACUUACCCGUCAUCCGAACCCGACUUUACAGUGUGGCUGGGGGCGGCAGACGGGCAGUUGAUUCUGAUCUUGGCUACUGAAGAGGUGAUUUCCGUUUUCUCCCUUGUUGAUCACGAGAAGCCGGACUGGACCCUUGUGAGAUCGAUCAAGAACGACGCCCUAGACGAUGGUGAUUGGCUGUUCUGGAGCAUCGUGGCUUACGAUGGGAAGGUGCUUGUGCUGCAAGAAACGAAAGGGUGUGAAGGCAAGGGGCGCGUGCUUCACAAGUACAGCAUGAGAGACAACAAGUGGGGCAUCCUCGGACUGAUGCCGCGGUGGCUGGAUGCCAAUCGCGAUUUCUGCCGCUACAUUCCGUCGUGGUCUUCGGUGGCGGAGCUUCAGAGUUGGCAUUCGACUUUCGCGGCGGCUCGUCAGGGAACGCUGGCGGCGCGUUUGCGCUGUCUUGGUCCGAUUAUGGAUCUGAUUGAUCCGCAGCGCAAACCGAAGCAGUCAAACUUUUGGUUGUCUCUCUGAAAUUUGAUUUGUUUCUGUGUUCGUUUGUCGAGUGUUGAUUAUCUGUUUUGUUGUCUAAUGUGGAAAAUAAGUUGGAUAAAGGAAAAAAACA